AUGGUCGAUAUUGGUUCAAAGACACAUCAGAGAAAUGUGGUAUCGCCAACUUUUCUCAAUAUGCCUCUGGAUGUCUCUCAACUAGUUUUGGAAAAGAUGCAGCCCGAUGAUCUACUAAGAGCGAGUAGAGUGUGUCGCAAUUUGAGAACUGCCGUUGAUACGUUUGGAACGAUUCGUGUCAAAUAUGUAGAAUUCCGGCUAAAUAAUCAUGAUAUCUGUAUGGAUCUGGACGGAAUUAAAAUCAACUAUACUGAUUCAGCAAAAGAUAGUUCAAAUGUCAAUUACAAUGAAGAGAAAAAUGAAACUGAUGAAGAAAACUUCGUGGAAAGUGCGGUCAAUGAUUUGAAAAUAGUAUCGAAGCAUGCACAGUAUGUUAGAAUUAUGGACUAUACGAACAAUAUACGCGACACUGUUACAACUUUCGUUGAGUUUUUAAAAUUAGAAAAAUGUAUUCACGUGAAGAUGAUACAACUUUUUGGCUUCUUAUUUGAUGAUGUCCUAGCGAUUCUUCCAUGUUUUGAUGUUAAAGAGCUCAAAGCAAUUGUCAUUAAUUAAAUCAAUUGACCAAUUCGAACGAAUAUCCCGUUUGGAGCAAUGGAGAAAUGCAGAAGUGUUUAGAUGUGGUUAUGCUACUAAUAUUUCCAGUACAAUGAUUACUCAUUUCUUUCAUUUCAAAUUCUUCGAUAUUGACAUGGACGAAUUUUCAUCACAGGCCGCGAUACAAAUGAGAGAUGAUCUUUUGAGAAGAAGUACAUUCCAAAGUUGCGAGAUAAAAAUUAAGAAAUCAGAGAGAAAUCCGAUUGAACUAGCAAAAGUAUUUAAACCGGACUAUGCCCGCGGCAAUGAGUUUAACAUUGAAUAUUCAAAUGGUAACAACAAAUUCGAUAUUUCCCUUAAAGAUUUAUCAAGAAUCUAUUCCAAAUUUAUUGUGAAAAGAUUGUGA